GGGGGUGGGGAGGGAAGGGAAGGGGUGGAGGGGAGAGAAGCGAUCGCGAGAAAAAAAAUGCAACCUCCCAAAAUAAAGAGCAAAGAUUGCAUUAGGAGCGAACAGCGCUGCAGAUAUAGAUGGCAGCUUCGUGUCAGUGAGUUUGCGUCCCCCUUCCUGAUCCAUGAGCUGGAGUGAUUAGAGCCCUGGAAGGGAAUUGUUACUCCCGUGAAGUCCCCUUUUCCUGGCAGUCAUCUGCACUGUACACGCUGGAUCCCUCUCUCCAUCCACCCCACUCACUCGCUCCUCUCUCACCUCCUCUCUCCCUCUCUCCUGCAUUGAUUUUUUUUUCUCUCCUUUUUUUAGUUGACUGAAACAAAACAAAACAAAAGGGCCACUGGAUGUCUGCCUUCUUGGGGGGUGAGCCAGACAGACUGACAAACAAACAGACCCAGCUGAGCUCGGGGGAGGGUUUCUCCUCCGGUUUUGCCCGGCAGCAGCAGCAUGGACGUGUUGGCUAGUUAUAGUAUAUUCCAGGAGCUACAACUUGUCCACGACACCGGCUACUUCUCAGCUUUGCCAUCCCUGGAGGAGACCUGGCAGCAGACAUGCCUUGAGUUGGAACGCUACCUCCAGACAGAACCCCGGCGGAUCUCAGAGACCUUUGGUGAGGACUUGGACUGCUUUCUCCACGCUUCUCCUCCCCCGUGCAUCGAGGAGAGCUUCCGGCGCCUAGACCCCCUGCUGCUCCCAGUGGAAGCCACCAUCUGCGAGAAGAGCUCCGCAGUGGACAUUUUGCUCUCUCGGGACAAGUUGCUAUCUGAGACCUGCCUCAGCCUCCAGCCAACCAGCUCUUCUCUAGACAGCUACACAGCCGUCAACCAGGCCCAGCUCAACGCAGUGACCUCAUUAACGCCCCCCUCUUCCCCUGAGCUCAGCCGCCAUCUGGUCAAAACCUCACAGACUCUCUCAGCCGUGGAUGGCACAGUGACGUUGAAACUGGUGGCCAAGAAGGCUUCCCUCAGCUCAGUGAAGGUGGGAGGGGUGGCGGCGGCGGCGGCAGCCGUGACACCAGCUGGAGCAGUUAAGAGUGGACAGAGCGACAGUGAGCAAGGAGGGGGAGGGGCCGACUCAUGCCCUGAAAACAAGAAGAGGGUCCAUCGCUGUCAGUUUAACGGGUGCCGGAAAGUUUAUACAAAAAGCUCCCACUUAAAGGCCCACCAGAGGACUCACACAGGUGAGAAGCCUUACAAGUGCUCAUGGGAAGGAUGCGAGUGGCGUUUUGCACGGAGCGACGAGCUCACAAGGCACUACAGGAAACACACAGGUGCAAAACCCUUUAAGUGUAACCACUGCGACAGGUGUUUCUCCAGGUCUGACCAUCUUGCUCUCCAUAUGAAGAGACAUAUCUAAACAAAACAAAACAAAAUUUAAAAAACAAACAAAACUAAACAACCACAAGAACAAGAUACCGCAAAGGCCAGAGUUGCCAUGGCAGCAGCCAAUGUCCGGAAGGAAAUGCCGUAAGGCCGAGGGCUGGACUUCAGGCGGGGAGCUCUGCCCCGCAGAAGAAAGUCCUUGCUUACAAACCUCUGUGUACAUACAUGUACACGCACACGUACACACACCCUCUCACACACAGACCCGCACACAUACCCACUGUCAUGCACUCAACUAUAUUUAAAGUAUAUACAUCUAUUUCUUAUGCCUUGCCCUAGCCAGACGGUAGAAGACAAGGAAGAAGGAAGCCAGGUGAACUCAGCGAGCACUGGCUGCUGACUCCAGCCUACUGGAUUACUUCCCGCUGUUGCCAAUGGAAAACAAAGCAGCCGGAUGUCUCCGUGGUGGCCGGCAGUCCCAGAGGCUUACAGAACUCACUUCUCAGUGCAACGUGAUAAGAGAAUCCAACGUCUUAUGGUUGCAUAUGUGUAGCACUAAUGUUUCUUUUUAAAUAGUUGGGGGAGAUUGACCUAGAAAACCAAAUCGCAGUUUGGUAGCCAAACUUAACUCCUGGUUUAUUUGUCCUUUGUGUGUGAAAAAGUCCUACUAUUCCGUCCAUCAGACUUCCUCACAGAACUGUCGGUUGGUUUUGGUUCUUCUUUAGGACCACUGAGAUCUUUUGAAUUGCUACCAACGGCCUUAGCGGCGGCAGACUGGAUUUACACCUUACACCUUUCUGGCCUGCAUCUCUCUAGACUUUACUCUCGAGGGAGGAGUUUUCUUUUCUUACUUUUUCUGACUCUCGCACAUCAUAUGCACUAGGGAUUCUGGAAACUUCUAGCAUGACUGCAAAGUGGCCAAGAGAAUAAAGUCCUUGAUGAUAAAUCACAGUAUACCCCUUGAGCCUCACCUUCUUGCCAGUGCUAGAUUUUUUUCUUUUUAAAUCUCUCUGAUUUUUUGCUAAUGAAAACUUGAAAAAAAAAAAAAAAGCUUAUUUGGAAGCUUAAAUGUUUUAUCUUUUCUCCAUGGACUAAACCUCUCCAGGACUCUCUCGGCACCUGGAUGUCUAGCUCUCGAAGCAGCCAAUCAGAUGGGACAUCAGAGUUCUCUCAUCCCUCCUUAAGGCGUGAUGACCUCAGCUCACAGUGAGCAGCUACUCUGCUGUCAUUGCUACCCUGUAACCACUCACAGCAUAGAUCUCGCUAGUCUCAAAGGGCAGCUGCGUAUUUAAUCUAACUCUGGGUUAUGACCUGACAAAAAGCCAAAAAUACCACUUUUUCCAGGAGUGGGGGAAUCUGCAAAUGCCUCCCAAGUCUAGAGGCUUCACAAAACAUCAUCCCAUCCCUUCCCUCACUCACCCACUGAGAUCAUGAUACCCACUUGUUAAACAUACUUCAAAAUGCCGUUGUGGGGAUGAAGGUUGUUGUCCAUUUAGGAAAGGGUGGAGGUGUCUCUCUUCCGAUGUGUAGGGAGGGCUCUCUUUGUGGGGGACUAGUUCUUUUUGGCUAGACCCACCAUGGCUUGUGACCUAGAGCACCCAGGAUCAACAGAGGCCUCAUAUUUACCCUGAAAGCUGACUCCAAGGGAUUUAUAUUACUCACUUGCAUAUCACACACACACAUCCAAUGUUGGUUUCUAUCUUCCCGAAUUCUUAGCUAGCUGGCACUGGCCUAAACUCCAAAGACUGCCUUUAGGACCAUUAACUGGCCUAUGCAAGCAGGCGGGGUGGGCGUUAAGGCAGAUUGUAUAUUUUGUAUAUUCUGGGACCAUCCCUUCAAGACACGUCUAACAAAGAAAGAUGGCAUUUGGUCCGUACAUGGUUGCUGCUCCUUCAUACCAGCCGGCUCCCUCCUGCCCUCCUCUGACUGUUUUAUCUACUGACUGUUAAAAUGCCGCCCAUGCAUAUUUGGGAUGCAAAACUGAAGUCUUUUAAAGGAAAUAAUAAUAAUAUAAGCAACACAAACACAUAUGACAGCAACCUUCAAGAUCCUUGGCACUUGGGUUCUCAGCUUUCUACAACUUUGGUUUUACUGAAAUGUUGAAUCUACUUGUCUGAGGGUAAAGGGACCGCUUUGUCACAAAUGCUAUAGCUUCCAGUUGGACAGUUGGGGCAUUUCGAGGUCUAGCCUUCCUUUAGAAAUUUCAUUUUGGUUUUACUUUUUUUUUUUUUUUCCAAUUUAGACCAAAAAGAAAAAAGAAAAGAAACCAUUGUAAACAUACAUACACACACACACACACAGACACACACACACACACACACACUCCAUUUGCUAGAAGCAAUUAUGUAUAUGUUAGUUGGAGGGUAUUAAAGAAAAAAGAAAUCUGAUUUAUUCCAAAGAUUUUAAAAGUGGACAUGACUUAGAAACUGUUCUGGAGCACUGCUUGCUGACAAUCUCAUUCUCUACUGCAACUGAGUGCAUCCUGCAGCCAGUCCAUCAGGGCGUGCCAUGGGAUUCUAUGUGAAUGUGUGCUGCAUCCUUUUAUGGGUGAAGGGAUGUGUGAGGGACCUUGAACCUCAACUGUAUUGAACUGUAGCGCCUCCAGUCAGUGCACUAGAUGAAACUUUAGACUGCCCAAAUUCUGUUGGUUUGUUUCUUCACUCCCCCGCCCCCCUCCCCCCAUCUGUAGCAGUCAGUGUCCAGCAUGAAUGCACGCACACGCCAGGAAUGGCGUUAAGCCAUGGCUGCCAUGAUUUACAGAUGUUCUCUCCCAGGCUGGAGCUGUUCCUGCUCUCAAAUUGUCAUUACUAAGGUUUAUAGUACUUAAUUUAAUUUUUUUUUUGUACUGACCAAUGCAAGGCUCUUUAAAAAAAAAAAAAAAGAAGAAGAAAAAAAGAAAGAAAAAGAGGAAAAAAAAAAGAAAUGCAAAAGAGUAAUCGUUGCUGUUCGUCCCUCUCGCCAUCUGUGGUUUCAUUUGAAUGUGGCAGAACAAAGACCCCUUGGUCGUCUUUGGUGUCUGAAACGUUUGGUAAUUUCUCUUUUGUAUCAGUGAGGUCUUUGUGAUCUGCUCCCGACCUCUCUUGGAGCAGGGCGCAGUGAGGCACCGUGAUGGUGCUUGCUUGCCUCAGAGUCCUUUGUUGACUGUGGGAAUUGGCCUGAGAAUUUGGUGGGUGCUAAGCGCAUGGCUUUCAAUCUGUUCUUCUCUAGCCCCAGGGAACACCUGUGGAGGACAACCCAGCCCUCAGCUUGGGGCGGGGCAGCCCUUGGACAUUUUAGAAAUAGGUUUGUGACAUGUCCUCUAUCCAUUCUUUCUCAACUGCAGAGGCGGUUACUUGAAGCCUCUGGAGGGAGCAGGUUUUUCAAGAAAUAACCUCAACAUGUACUAUGCUCCCAAGAGGACUGGGUAUCUAGAAUGGUGUCAUGGAUAAUUGAGACAUGAAAUCCCUUUCACAACUUAAGACAUUACCUCCUAGCAUUUCAAGGGGAUCCCAGAUUUGAAAGGGCAAGCCUGGCAUAAUGUGGCAUAGGCUGUCCUCAUGAGCGUUCUAUCCAGGGUCCAGAGUUGGCUAUGUAGAAGACAUGGUUCUAAGCCACUGGCGAUUUUCUUUACUUCAAGUUAUGCCUCUUUCUCCUCCACGUAACCUUCAGGGGUGUGGAGACCCCGACCUUGUAAUGCUG